GCCGUUCUUCCAGUUGUCUGCUGGACAUGGUGGUAGAAGGUUAACUGGCAUUGCUCGUGCAGUUAGUGGCAACUGGCAAGACAAAAUCGCAAGCAUGUCCGACGUUUUUGGUUCCAUUCGAGGUUUACUUAAAAUAGACUCAGUCUCAAUCGACAAUUAUGUGUUCAGAUUGCAUUACAAAGCAACGAUGUUUCUCCUAGUGGCCUUUUCUCUGUUGGUGACUCAAAAGCAAUAUUUUGGAGAUCCUAUAGACUGUCUGGUCGACAAAAUUCCUCCUUACCUCAUGGACACCUAUUGUUGGAUCCAUUCCACUUACACUAUUCCGGAUCUUGGAAAUAAAACGGUCGGUAAAGAUAUACCUCAUCCAGGCAUUGCAAGUCCCGCGCUGAUCAAAGAAGGCUCUGAAGUUCGUUACCACAAAUACUAUCAGUGGGUGACACUCAUGCUUUACUUUCAAGCGAUUCUUUUCUACCUGCCCCGCUACAUCUGGAAAGUCUGGGAAGGAGGCAAGAUGAAGCUGCUAUCAAGCGGUGUCAACACCGUUAUUAUUGACCAAGAAGACAAGCAAGUUCGUCUUGAAGCACUUCUUAGUUACUUCAAUAGCAACUUACACGGGCACAAGUUCUAUGCCGUCAAAUACGUCUUGUGCGAAAUAGCAAACUUCGCUAACGUUAUUGGCCAGAUUUACUUCACUGACAGGUUUCUAGGUUACCAGUUCACUACAUAUGGAACUGAUGUCCUGUUUGUUUCUGAGAAGGAAAUGGGCACUCGGCACGAUACCAUGGACGCCAUUUUCCCCAAGGUAACCAAGUGCACAUUCCAUAAGUACGGCGCGUCAGGCAGCAUCGAGUCGCACGACGCGCUGUGUGUCUUGCCACUCAAUAUAAUCAACGAGAAAAUCUACAUCUUCCUCUGGUUCUGGUUUAUCAUCGUAGCGGCCAUCUCAGGCAUUGGUCUCAUCUACAGACUUGUCACGUUCCACAAGCGUGUGCGCACGAGAAUCUUCAAAUCAAUAUGUUGUUAUAACGAAGAAAAGAUUGAUGUCGAAAUUGUUGCCCACAAAUGCGACUACGGAGACUGGUUCUUGCUGCGGAGACUCAGCAAGAAUGUGGACGCCUUUUUCUUCCGAGACUUCGUAAAAGAGUUCGCGGCGAGGCUGGACGGCCGGCAGUACAUGGAAUAAGUCAGUCGUGUUAUGUUAUGUACAAAGGGUGAUAGUAUGUACACAGGGUGAUAGUGUGUACACAGGCGUUACUAUAGGCGCGUGCCCCUCGUGUGAUGUGUACACAGGCGUUACUAUAGGCGCGUGCCCCUCGUGUGAUGUGUACACAGGCGUUACUAUAGGCGCGUGCCCCUCGUGUGAUGUGCACACAGGCGUUACUAUAAAGAUGCCUGCCCCUCGUGUGAUGUUAUGUACGAAGUUAUGUACUAGAAGUAUGGUCUCAGUGACUCUCAGGAACACUAUUUGAUGGGGCAAUAAUUUUAUGUGCAGCGGUACGGUGUCUCUCGAAACCGUGUUUUUUAAUUGACAGUUAUAUGACAACUUUCAUUUUAGGUCAAUAAUUUUACAAGUACUGAUCCCACAAAAUUGACAGCGAAGAUUUGUUUAAUAGAACCGGGUGGGAUUUUGAGAAAUUUCAAUAAGAUUCCUUUUUAAAUAAAGCAACGAUUGUGAUCAUUUUCUUGGCGAAUUAUUUAUCUUACAUUUAACUUGUGGGAUUUUUCAUCGAAUUCCAUCAUGUCAAUAAGGGAAUUAAGGAGACAUAACGAUAAUCACACUAAAGAAAUUUUAAUCUGGACGUUCAUAAAUGAGAUGCGGUUUCAGAUGCCUUUUGUAAAACUCUUUUCAAAUAGUCAUUUUGAAUUUCAUCCACUUAUAUCUUCGUCAAUUCCAUUUUAAUUAAAAUAAGGACACGACAUUUUAGUAUCGUUCUCUUAAAUCUAUAAUACACACACGGAUGCAUGAAACGAACGACAAGCAACCCGCACUAUCGCUGCCUUACCGUAACCCCUGAUGAUUAUGUCAGUUGCGUCAUAAUCGCCUUGGUUGUCGUUCUUUUUGUCUGUGGCCUCAAAGUUGUCCUCGUAUGAUUAACAAGCCAAUAUUAUUUCAUAACUCGGAAGAAUGAUCGCAGAAAGUCUAAGAAUUGAUGUACUUUUUGCCUCUGCCAGUUGGCCCGGCCUAGGGGCGUAUCAGUGCUACGUACGCGGGGGAAGCGUGUCACUAUUUGGACUAA